AUGUGUGUUGAUUUCACCGAUCUCAACAAAGCAUACCCCAAAGAUUCCUACCCUUUGCCUUCUAUUGAUUCCUUAGUUGAUAAUGCAUCUGGUUUUGAAAAACUCAGCUUUAUGGAUGCAUAUUCUGGUUAUAACCAGAUCCAAAUGCAUCCAUCCGACCAAAAUAAGACAGCCUUCAUUACUGAAUAUGGAAACUAUUAUUAUAAAGUCAUGUCAUUUGGCCUUAAGAAUGCAGGUGCGACAUAUCAACGUCUCAUGGACAAAGUCUUCGCCAAACAAAUCGGCAGAAACAUUGAGGUCUACGUUGAAGAUAUGGUCGCCAAGACAAAGAUCGGCAACAAUCACCUUGACGACCUCGCGAAAAUCUUCGAACAGCUAAGAAAAUACAACAUGCGGCUAUACCCCGAGAAGUGCGCAUUUAGGGUCCAGAGUGGCAAAUUUCUCGGCUUCUUGCUCACUAGCCGAGGUAUUGAAGCAAAUCCAGAAAAAUGCCGAGCUAUUUUAGACAUGGCAAGUCCACACACCAUCAAGGAAGUCCAACGGUUAACAGGGAGACUUGCUGCACUCUCUAGAUUUUUACCUUGCUUAGCUUCUAAAACUUUAUGUUUUUUCCAAACUUUAAAAAAGAAAAAAGCUUUCCAAUGGACUGAUGACUGUGAACAAGCAUUCACAACCAUCAAAGAAACUCUUUCAAAACCACCAAUUUUACAAACCCCCUUACAAGGGGAACCAUUAUUCUUAUAUUUAUCUAUCACUAAUUGGGCUGUCAGCUCCGCUCUUGUUACAGAAAGGGAAAAGCAGCAGUCUCCUAUCUAUUUUACCAGCAAAACAUUACAGAAUUCCGAGCUUCGAUAUCCGACCAUUGAGAAGCUGGCCCUAGCCCUUGUCUUCUCGGCCAGAAGACUCCGACCAUAUUUUCAGAGCCAUGAAAUCCAUGUUCGAACAGAUGAUCCUUUACGCCAAGUCCUCCAAAAGCCUGAGCUGGCUGGCCGACUAGUAAAAUGGUCAGUAGAGUUAUCAGAAUUUGAUAUCACGUACGAAGGCCGAGCAUCCAUCAAAUCCCAGUUUUUGGCCGACUUUAUUGCCGAAUUCUCAGUACCGAGUACAACUGAAGACUACAUCGAAUGGUCUUUAUACGUCGACGGGUCCUCCAACCCACAAGGGUGUGGAGCAGGUAUCAUACUUGACGAUAACCACGGCACCGUCAUCGAACAUUCCCUCAACUUUUCAUUUAAAGCAAGCAACAAUCAGAGUGAGUAUGAAGCACUAAUUGCUGGCCUUAAACUCGCUGCCGACCUAAACAUCACCAAACUUAAGGUAUAUUGCGACUCCUUGCUUAUCGUCCAACAGGUAAACAACUUAUACCAAGUAAAGGACCUUUUGCUUUCUAAAUACUUGGAUGUCAUGCAAAAUUUGCUUUCAAAAUUUUCUAAAUAUGAAAUACAACACAUACCAAGGGAGAGUAAUGGUCGAGCUGACAUUCUGUCUAAACUCGCCAGUACUCAACCAAAUGGGUCAUCACUUUAUCAGUCAACACUACUCAAGCCAAGCAUUGAACUAACACAAAUCUUAAGUGUAACACAGGAAGAAGAUUGGAGAUCUCCAUACAUACAAUAUCUCCGGACAGGGAUCUUGCCAGGCGACGUCGAAAAUGGUCGACACUUCCGCCGACAAGCCUCCUUUUUUACAAUUUAUAAUAAUUGCCUAUAUAGACGGGGAUUCUCUCGCCCAUUACUUAAAUGUCUUUGCAGAACAGAAGCCGAGCUUGCACUUGCUGAGGCACAUGAAGGGAUCUGUGAUAAUGGUCGCCAGUUUGCCGAUCAAAAAUUCACAUCUUUCUUGCAGAACUUGAAAAUCAAACAACACUUCUCAUCAGUAGAGCACCCACAAACAAAUGGGUUAGCUGAAGCCGCAAAUAAAGUAAUACUACAUGCUCUAAGCAAAAAAUUGAAUGAUACAAAAGGCCUCUGGGCCGAGCUUAUCCCCGAGAUCAUAUGGGGAUACAAUACAAUAAUUCACUCAACCACAAAGGAGACACAUUUCCGUUUAGUCUACGGUUCAGACGCAAUGAUACCAGUGGAGAUCUCCCAAUCCUCACUACGCACUAAAUUGGCCGACCAAACUACACAAGACAUAGCUCGCCAAUCUAAGCUCGACCUCGCAGAAGAAAUAAGAUCAUCAACGGCAGCCAAACAUCUGGCCAUGCAACAGCACAUAGCUCGAAGAUAUAACAAGAGACUUCAGCCAAGGUCUUUCCAAAUCCACAACCUUGUCCUCAUAAAAACAGAACAAGCUAGGAAACCAUCCGCACAUGGUAAAUUAUUAGCUAAUUGGGAAGGACCCUACCGAAUCACAGAAGUCAUCGGCAACGGAGCCUACCGACUACAAACCUUAGAGGGUAAAGAUCUCCCUAAUACUUGGAAUGUAUCUUCCUUAAAAUUAUAUUACAGUUAA